AUGAGCAGAAGCAAGCGUGACAACAAUUUCUACAGUGUUGAAAUUGGAGACUCUACUUUCACUGUAUUGAAACGAUAUCAAAACUUAAAACCAAUAGGAUCAGGAGCACAAGGGAUAGUAUGUGCAGCUUACGAUGCCAUCCUUGAACGAAAUGUUGCAAUCAAGAAGUUAAGCCGACCAUUUCAGAACCAAACCCAUGCUAAAAGAGCCUACAGAGAACUUGUUCUUAUGAAGUGUGUUAAUCAUAAAAACAUAAUCGGCCUACUGAAUGUGUUCACACCACAAAAAUCCCUGGAAGAAUUUCAAGAUGUCUACAUAGUGAUGGAGCUCAUGGAUGCAAAUCUCUGCCAAGUGAUUCAGAUGGAGCUAGACCAUGAACGAAUGUCCUAUCUUCUUUAUCAAAUGCUGUGUGGUAUCAAACAUCUUCAUUCGGCUGGAAUUAUACAUAGGGAUUUAAAGCCCAGUAAUAUAGUAGUAAAGUCAGACUGCACUUUGAAGAUUCUUGACUUUGGACUGGCCAGAACUGCAGGAACUAGUUUUAUGAUGACGCCUUAUGUAGUGACUCGUUACUACAGAGCACCAGAGGUCAUCCUAGGGAUGGGAUACAAAGAAAACGUUGACAUUUGGUCAGUUGGGUGCAUCAUGGGAGAAAUGAUCAAAGGUGGUGUUUUAUUUCCUGGUACAGAUCAUAUUGAUCAAUGGAAUAAAGUUAUAGAGCAGCUAGGAACACCAUGUCCUGAAUUUAUGAAGAAAUUACAACCUACUGUCCGAACGUAUGUGGAGAACAGACCGAAAUAUGCUGGAUAUAGUUUUGAAAAACUCUUUCCAGAUGUUCUUUUCCCAGCUGACUCUGAACACAAUAAGCUUAAAGCAAGUCAAGCAAGGGAUUUGUUAUCAAAAAUGCUGGUUAUAGAUGCAUCUAAAAGAAUCUCUGUGGAUGAAGCUCUGCAGCACCCAUACAUCAAUGUUUGGUAUGAUCCAUCAGAAGCAGAAGCUCCUCCACCAAAGAUCCCAGAUAAGCAGUUAGAUGAGAGGGAACACACCAUAGAAGAAUGGAAAGAGUUGAUAUACAAGGAAGUCAUGGACCUGGAAGAGAGAACCAAGAAUGGGGUUAUACGUGGACAACCAGCCCCUUUAGGUGCAGCAAUGAUCAAUGGCUCACAACAUCCAUCUUCAUCGUCAUCUGUCAAUGAUGUGUCUUCAAUGUCAACAGAUCCAACAUUGGCCUCUGAUACAGACAGCAGUCUAGAAACUUCAGCUGGACCUCUGGGUUGCUGUAGAUGA